AUGACAACGACGAGCGAUCUCCGGCUCGCCGUCUUCUCCGACCGGCUGCACGGCGCGCUGGCCUUCCUCGAGGCACCCAAGACCGGGCACAGCUACCUCAACGAUACCCCAGAAGAAGCAGACUUUGAUGGCAUGAGGCUAGACGACCCCAAGCACCCGGACGUCAAGCGCAGGGUGCUGCAGGCCGUCCUACCGCGGCGGUGCAUCCCACUGCGUUGGCGCCUCGCGCAGGCUGAGAACGAGCAGCAGAUCCGGGCGUCCGAUUUGUUUCGCUGCUGCCUCAUGGUCAGCCUUCAGAACAACCUUGCCGCCGCCGUGCUGGCCAAGUGCAAUAGGAGCAGCCGCUGGGGCAACCUGCGCGCCCUGACCCUGUUCAUGUGGGAUCUGGUGUCGCCCGAGCUAGGGUGUGUGCUGGCCACGCGCUUCCCGGAGCUGCGUGAGCUGCGCGUCGGCCUGUGCCACCCCUACAUCCAGAACCCGUGCCUGCCCUUAAACUACUGGACGCAUCCGGGCUACCUGAUGCCUAACACCGUCUGGGACUGCUUCGGCGUCGGUAUCGGUGAGGAGAACGACCACCAACGGCUCUGCCUCCGGAAUCUGGAGAAGUUGACCGUCGAGCGCGCCGGCACCAGCUGCGUCCAGCUGCAGCGCUGGAUCCGUGCCAACCCGCGCCUUGUCGAUCUGCGCCUCCGCUGCGUCUCGGGCGUCGACGUCCAGUUCGUCAACUGGCUCGGCGUGUACUUCGGCUCCUUGGACGACACAAGAACCCGUGAAGGCCAGAUGGACCACGCCAAGCUGCACACCCUCGCUCUGGACAGCUGCCACUCGUUGGAACUGGACACCGUCGAUGACCUCGCCUGGCUCGACGGGCUGCUUUCCCCGAUGGAUUCAGAUGACGAAAAAGAAGUCAACACCUCCAUGGCUUUCAAGGUGUUGUCGUUCCGGGACUGUUCCAAGGUCUCUUCCGCAGCGAUCUUGGAGUACCUGGCGGUCAAACGCCCGCAGGUGCGCCAGGUGACACUCCCAGACGGACGCGUGCUGGUCGAGAACGCCACGGUGCUGGAGAACGACGGCGGCUACGACCGGGCCGUGCACGGCUACUGGUCCUGGUGCGCGCGGAUCCACGCCAUGGACCUCGACGAACUCUCCCCCGUCCCCUACCUGCGAUUCCUGCCGCACAAGCGGCACGAACCAAAUACGGACGCGCCCCUCGCAGACGAUCCGCGGUCUAUGUGA